GCAAGCUGUUGCCUGUGUCCACUGUCUUCAGAGGCUGGAGAGAAAAAGGGAAUGGAGUAGCUCACUUCCAUGCUUGGGAAAAGCAGAAGCUAGUAUUCCAGCUUUUUCUCAAGAUCCCAGAUGUUCCAGUCAGUGUUGGAACAGCCAUGGGCCUUGUCUACUAAAAAGGGAAGGAAACAACGGAAGACUCUACAUUGAAAAGCAGCAGCUAAGGCUGGCUUCAGUACCAGUGUUUCCUUUGAGAUUCAGCAGAAGAUCAUGAUGGCAGAGGAAGAUACACAGAAAGAGGAGCCCAAGGACAAUGGAGGUGCUGAUGUAUCCUAUUUUGAUGAGAACUCUGUUGAGUCUGUCAAGAUUAUGGCAGAGAGUAGCUACACGCCAAAACAGCUGGAUUUACAAAAUGGUGGUUUAGAGGAAGGAUUUGGGGAACAGUCACUGGAAGACGAUCCUCAAAUCAUGGAGAACCUAAGCCCGAAGAAAUAUGCAUCCAGUCUGAAAUUUAAAGCUAAUGGAGACUAUUCUGGCUCUUAUUUAACCCUAUCACAGCCGGUUCCUGCUAAGAGAAGCUCUUUACCUUUGGGGACCAGUGUCAGAAGCAGCCCCUCCUUGGCCAAAAUCCAGGGAAGCAAACAGUUCUCCUGUGAUGGAACUGAGAAAAAUCUUUCCAUGAAACCUCCCACUCCUUUCCUUAGCACCACUGCCUCCCUUAGUGGACAUCCACUCGGGAGAACAGAUUUUGACCAUUAUACUAGUCGGGACAGUGAAAGGUCCUUGAGGACCUCUGAGAGGCCUCCCUAUUCCAAAUAUAGCCCUAGAAAUAAAUCACAUGACAAUGUCUACUUUCUUGGAGGUCUUGAAGGACGAAAGGCAUCAGGCUCACUUCUAACCAUGUGGAACGGAAGUUCUCUGAGUGACAGUGGCCCCUCUUCCAUCAGCAGAUCGGGAGCAGCAAGCAUGCCUUCAAGCCCAAAGCAAGCCAGGAAAAUAUCCAUUCAGGACAACCUAAUCCUUCAGUCAAAGGUCACUCGACACAAGGAACCAGCAUCUGAGCACAUCAGUUUAAGAACUCGGAAAUAUUCCGGGAGUAGCCUGAGUCACAUGGGGGCAUAUAGCCGAUCCCUUCCCAGAUUGUACAAAGCCACAGAGAACCAGAUUACACCUCUCAGUUUGCCUCCAAGAAACUCUCUGGGCAAUUCUAAACGAAGCCGACUCGGGGAAAAGGAUCUACCUCAUAGCAUAACAGACAAUGACAAUUACCUUAAUUUUUCUUCUCUCAGCUCAGGUGCUUUGCCUUAUAAGACUUCUGCAUCAGAGGGUAGCCCAUACGUAAGCUCCACACUGAGUGUCCCUGCCAGUCCCCGAGUGGCUCGGAAGAUGCUUCUGGCCUCCACCUCCUCCUGUGCCUCUGAUGACUUUGACAGGGCUUCCUACUCCGAGACAAGCCCAAGUCAUUCAUUUUCUGCAGGAGAACCGGACAAAGUGUUUGUGGCUAGAAGGAACUUCUCUUGUGGAUCUGUGGAAUUUGAUGACGCUGAUUUGGACAGCCUCAGGCAGGCCUCAGGUACUCCUCAACCUGCCCUCCGAGAAAGGAAAAGCAGCAUUAGCUCCAUUUCAGGACGCGAUGACCUGAUGGAUUAUCACCGGCGACAGAGGGAGGAAAGAUUUCGGGAGCAGGAGAUGGAGCGACUGGAGAGACAGCGUCUGGAGACCAUCCUCAGCCUCUGUGCUGAGUAUGCCAAUGACAGCCAGGUGUCCACAGGCACCACAGUGGCAGAUGUGCAGAAAAUCAACAAAGAGCUGGAGAAGCUGCAGCUGUCUGAUGAAGAGUCGGUGUUUGAAGAAGCACUGGUGUGCCCUGACACAAGAUACCGGUGCCACCGGAAGAACUCGGUCCACGAUGCUGACCUGGCAGGCUUUGGGAGCCUGGGUCAGAGCAGCUCCAGCUUCCUUACCUCCAGGAGCAUCAGGAAUGAUGACCUGCUUGGCGACCUUACCAGGACUCCUGUACCAUCCCCCUCUGCCUUUUUGAAGCCAUCCAAUGAAUCCUCCUACCUAAGUAUCCUACCAAAGACUCCGGAAGGCAUAAGUGAAGAACAGAGGACUCAAGAGUUGGCUGCAAUGGAAGAUGCCCAGAUAGUAAUUCUAAACAACCUCGAGGAGCUUGAACAAAAAAUCAAAGAUAUAGAUGACCAGAUGGAUGAAUCCUCCAGAGAGUUGCAGAUGGAAUGUGCUCUUUUGGUUGGAGAGCAGAAAUCUGAGACAACAGAACUUAAGAAGGAGAAGGAGACUUUGGAUAAUCUAAACCAGAAAAUAGCAGAGCUGGAAAAGAACAUUGUUGGCGAAAAGACCAAGGAGAAGGUAAAGCUUGAUGCUGAAAGGGAAAAACUAGAGAGGCUUCAGGAGCUUUACUCCGAGCAGAAGACCCAGCUGGACAAUUGUCCUGAGUCCAUGAGGGAACAGUUACAACAACAACUGAAGAGGGAUGCUGAUCUGUUGGAUGUUGAAAGCAAACACUUUGAAGACCUGGAAUUCCAACAGCUUGAGCAUGAGAGCCGUCUAGAUGAGGAGAAGGAAAACUUAACUCAACAGCUCCUACGUGAAGUGGCUGAAUAUCAACGGAACAUUGUAACAAGAAAGGAAAAAAUUUCUGCAUUGAAAAAGCAAGCCAAUCACAUUGUUCAGCAGGCUCAGAGAGAACAAGAUCAUUUUGUGAAAGAAAAGAAUAAUUUAAUAAUGAUGCUACAAAGAGAAAAGGAGAAUCUUUGUAAUUUGGAAAAGAAAUACACCAUCCUCUCUGGGGGAAAAGGGUUUCCUGUUAACUCCAAUACUCUAAAAGAGGGCUAUCUCAGUGUAAGUGAAAUUAAUGAGCCAUGUGGCAAUUCCACGAGUCUGUCCCCUUCCGCUCAGUUCUCUGCUGACGCUGAUGCUGUUGUCACUGAGCCUGCCUCAGCUGUGCCGGGGAGCCAGCCCCAGAGUCCAGAGCACUUUAGAAGUCUGGAAGAAAGGAAAAAACAGCAUAAAGAAGGCCUCUAUCUGAGUGACACUUUGCCUCGAAAGAAAACCACACCUUCCAUCUCCCCACAUUUCAGCAGUGCUACAAUGGGGAGAAGCACCACCCCCAAGGCUCACAUGCCCCUGGGACAGAGCAACAGCUGUGGCAGCGUGCUCCCACACUCCCUGGCGACCAUGACCAAAGACUCGGAAUCUCGGCGAAUGCUCAGAGGAAGAAUGAAUUCCUCCGCAGGUUAUCAUCACCAGCUGAUGAGUGACGGACAGAGGCAGAAAUCUGAAUUCUACAACCGCACAGCCUCAGAGUCAAAUGUCUACUUGAAUAGUUUCCAUUACCCAGAUCACAGCUACAAAGAUCAGGCCUUUGACACGCUGAGCCUGGACAGUUCAGACAGCAUGGAGACCAGCAUCUCUGCCUGCUCACCUGACAAUAUCUCUAGUGCCAGCACUUCCAAUAUCGCCCGGAUAGAAGAAAUGGAGAGACUGUUGAAACAGGCUCAUGCAGAAAAGACCCGGCUGCUUGAAUCCAGGGAACGGGAAAUGGAAGCCAAAAAACGAGCUCUGGAAGAAGAAAAACGGCGCCGAGAAAUCCUGGAAAAACGUUUGCAGGAAGAAACUAGCCAGAGGCAGAAGUUAAUUGAAAAGGAAGUCAAAAUAAGGGAGAAACAAAGGGCACAGGCUCGUCCUUUGACACGCUAUCUUCCUGUCCGGAAGGAGGACUUUGAUUUGCGCAGCCACGUGGAGACUGCUGGCCACAAUAUUGACACCUGUUACCAUGUGUCAAUCACAGAGAAGACCUGCCGAGGCUUCCUUAUCAAAAUGGGUGGAAAGAUUAAAACUUGGAAAAAACGGUGGUUUGUUUUUGAUCGGAAUAAACGAACAUUUUCAUAUUAUGCAGAUAAGCAUGAAGCUAAAUUAAAAGGAGUGAUAUACUUUCAAGCCAUUGAAGAAGUGUAUUAUGACCACCUCAAGAAUGCUAAUAAGAGUCCUAAUCCAUUACUCACCUUCAGCGUCAAGACCCACGACAGAAUCUAUUAUAUGGUAGCCCCAUCCCCGGAAGCCAUGAGGAUCUGGAUGGACGUUAUUGUUACUGGGGCGGAAGGUUACACUCACUUCUUACUGUAGUGAAAUGAAGCAAUAGUCCCACUUCAGGGCAGACUGCAAUAACUCUAACAAAAGUGAAGCCAUAUUCAAUCCCUGGUGGAAGAUCCAACAGCCCCAUCCCUUUAAUUAUAUGCACUCAGAACUCUUUUCAUAUUGAGAAGGCUUUUAUUAAAAAAGGACAUAUAAUUCAAAGCUUAAGCACCAACAGCAAAUGAAUUGAAGCUUUCCUAUGAGAAACACUAUUUUGAGAAACUGCAUCACUUCUACAACCAUUUCUUAUAACCUAUUUUUUAUCAGUGGAUUGUGAUUAAAUCAACUAAACAGUUUACAAAAUGUCUGUAUAUAUGUACUUGGAGAUAUGGGAAUAUGUUCUCACCUAAAUCACUUGGAUUGACAAUAUUAGUAAUCAAGUGGCUUUCUUUCUGUCGCUUUUCCUUCUCUUAGAAAGUAGUGUUUUAUAAAUAAAAUAUGGACUCGAAGGAUGAUUUUUUUUUUAGGAAUUUUGCCUUAAUUUUUCAAAUAAUGCACCAAAAACUAAAGACUUGGGAUGACUUCUGUUUAGCAGUAGCAGUUUCAAGAAAUGAACUUUACUGUGUUACUCUGUAUUUUAAAAUGAUACUUUGAUGUCAUUAAGUGCCCAGGAAAUUGCUCUGCUCUGUCAUCUCCAGCAUAAGCUACUACUGUGCCUGAAUAGUAAACCACUUCUAGGUAAGAAGAAGAUUAAUCAGACACCUGUGGGCCAUGUCUGUAAGCUUACCUACACAAGAGGCCAAAAUCUGAAAAUCACUGUUCAAAGUGAGCCCAGGCAGACAACUAGCCAUCAAAAAUCCAGAUGUGGAAGUGCAACUCAAGUGGUAAAGUGAUAGCCAUGAAUGAAAAAGCUAAGCGUUCCAAGUGUGAGGCCUUUGAGUUCAAGGUGGUUGGACUUUUGGGGGGGGGAGGGGGGAGGGUUAUGGGUGUAGGGGAAAGCCAUCUUAGACAACAUUCUGUACACCAUGCAAUUUUAAGGUAUUUGGUAUUAAUCUGUUUUGGUGCUGAGAAAGAAGGCAGACAUAGCUAGUGUCCUUUAAACUGUCUGAUUUCUCUUUGCUGUGAAGCACACCUGCCAAUCACACUCUCACAUACAUUAUGAAAUCACAUGUCUUUUCUCAUCCAAGAACAGAACCAUUAAAAUAUGUGUUCUCAGAAAUG